AUGAUUCAUACCGUUUUAGAAUACUUCUAUCAUCCCAUAGAAAUAUAUCAAGAUUCAUUAUCAAAGUUUGUUUCUAUUCCAUUAAGUGUGCUACAUCUAUCAGUUUGUUUUAUCGCCUUGGGACAAACAUCAUCUGAAUAUUUAGCUCCAAAUGUAAAUUUUCUUUGUGGCUCAUCAAAUAUAAUUAAAUCUAUAUUGUUAUCAUGGUGCAAUUCUUCACCAGAUAUACUAUCGGGUAUAGUUGCAUGGUUUCAUUGUGCCAGACAGUUGUCUUCAGUACCUUCAUCAUUGGACUCAAAUGGAAACGAUAUUUUGGCUAUUGGAGAGGUAUUAGGAUCUAGUGGAGUGAUUUUGUGUGUUGCAUUAGGAUCAAUUUUUGUUAUAUUAUCUAAUAUAUUGUCAGCUAAUGAUUACGGAGACUUUGAAUUCCCCAAGGUGUUGAAAUUGUUGACUAAUUCUAUGUUACAGGAUUUGAUUUUUCUUUUGAUUUCGGUAUCAAUUAUUUUCUAUUGUUGUUUGAAAGGGAGUAUUUCCAUAUUAAAUUGUUUAAUAAUGUUAUUCGUAUAUUCCAGUUUUAUCUUUAUCAACUUUUAUAAGGGACGAACAGCUCUAUCGACAAGUGAGGAAGGAGAAGAAUUAAUUUUAGAAUUGGAAGAAGGUAGAGACGAUAAUGAAGAUCAAGAUAUUUCUAUUGACUUGCAAGAUUUGAAUGUUGUAAACAAUCAUGAAGAUAAUAUCUCACGCACGGUAGAUAAUGAUGAUGAUGAUAAUAAUAAUAAUAAUAAUAAUAAUAAUAAUAAUAAUAAUAAUAAUACCCCAGAUGCAUCAAUAAAUGUAAAAUCUCCUUUAUCAAUCGAUACAAUUAAAAAAGCAAGCACUUUAAAUUAUUCUGAUUUCAUGAAGAUUCUAAGCGAUGUUGUUGACGAAAGAACAAGGCCGCACACGAUGCCUGAGGUAAUCAAUGUCUCAGACAACGGUUUUAAUGAUAAUCACGGUGCAAAUAACAAUGAAGACAGAAAUUAUAGAGCGAAUUCUGCACCUGCUAUAAUUAAUUUUGAGCCAUAUCACGAUAAUGUCGAUGAUAAUAAUAAUAUUAAUGAUGAUACUGAUAGCAACAAUGAUUAUACCCAUGCAAGUAACAAUAAUGCAGUUCCUCCUAUAAUUUUCCAAAAUAAUAAUGGUAUAAUGUCUGUAAAUAAAAAAUUUAAAAAAUGGAAUAAUAGGACAUUAAAGGAGCUUACAGAGAAUUUGAGUAUUUCUGUCCAAAAGUUCCGAAAUAAAGGUUUACUUAGUCAAAUAGUUUCUAUCGUAGUUUCCCCCAUUUUUAUAGCUAUAAAAUUAUCGGUUCCGCGUACUUCCAAAUCAGUUCCUAAAACUAAAGCCAGAUUUAUUGUAUUGGCUAUUCAAUCUUUAACUACGCCUAUUUUUUCAUUUGUGUCUAUUUCACAAUUUAUACACGCAAACUCAAAAAGUUUAAUUUUAUCACUAUUUGGAGGGGCAUUAAUAGGUUUGUUACUACUCAGUUUGGUUAUAUUAAUGAGGCAAACUAUCAUAGUUGGAACAAAAUAUUCUUUUUCUCAAGGGAGAGGGAGUUAUGAUGACAAUGAGAAUAAUGGUGUUGACAAUGAUUUACUAUGGGAUAAUGAGUUUAGUACAAUUUUAAAAUUUUUAAGUGUAAUUGGUAUUUUUAACAGUAUUAUAUGGAUUUCUAUUUUAGCAAAUAAUUUAAUUGAAAUUAUAUCAUUUUAUCAAAAGUUGACUGGUAUCUCCGAAUCAAUAUUGGGCAUAACUUUCUUUGCAUGGGGCAACUCGAUAGGUGACUUACUUUCGAAUAUUGCUAUGUUAAAAUUAUACAAGAAAUUACCACCUACGUCCAAUAAUACUAGUAGUAGCUUUAAUACCAGUCAUGAUAAUAGUAACUUGGGUAGUAGAAUAUUAAAAUUUGCCAUAAUUUCAAUUAGAUCCUGUUUUGGAGGAGUCCUGAUUAAUAUUUUGGUUGGUAUUGGGUUCAAUUGUUUGCUAGCCUUAAUAGUUAACGACCGUGGGUUUACUACGCAAUGGGAACUUUCAAUUAAUGAUACAACCACUUACUUGCAUUUUGUCAUAUCUUCAGUCGCAUUAUUUUUACAAAUUAUAUUACUAAUUAUAUUUUGUUUGUGGGUCUCAAAUAAUAAAUCUGAUACCAAUAUCAGUUCAUAUAUUACCCCAGAUUUAUUUAAAAAAAUGGGCAUAGGUAUGAUUAUUCUAUGGGGGGUUACCACAUUUAUUAAUGUUUUAAUUGAAAUAAUUACGUAA